GGAAACAGCAUGUGAGGAAGUGGCAAUCAGCUGGUGACAGCUAAAUUUAGGUUGUCCCGCGAAGUCUGACUUUAAAGUUUUGAUGGAGCAAUUACUAGGGUUGUGAUGGCGGUCCGAAUUAUACAUGAAACGACAUAUCUCGUAUCAUCAGUCAUUCGACGACGACAACUUUAGCUACUUGCCAGUGAACAGACCGCCAUCAUUUAGCUGGAAUAUUGGUGAGUGCGGCAUUAACCAAACAACAAACAAAAACAAACAAAUCAAACUUGCUGGGAUUUUCAGUUGGCCUAGUUGGGUCUUCAACAAGUCAUCACACAUGUGAAUCAUCUCGGCUGUAUUGCAGAUGCUAACCCUUAGAGCUGGAUGUCCCCAGGCGGCUAAAGACUGAACCACCCGCCAUGACCGUGGUGUGUAAGACCAAGAUGGGCUGGUUCAUUGACCAUCUGCUGGCAGUGGACGGGGCCUAUACGGGCCACCAGACCACCACGCACUACAGCCUCAAGUCAGCCAUGUUUGAUAUGCAGUGUCCCUUCAUGAUGGAUUCCCAGUUUGAGAAGUGGCACAAGCUCCAGGAGACGCAGCAGACUCCACAGACAAAGAAGAGAAAGCGGAGGAUACCAGACAUGAGCGGUGGCGGUGAUACUAGCGAAUUAAAAGAGCUUGUAGAGAGACUGUCAUCAGCUCACAAGACACUAGUUGCCGCUGCUCGUCAACACGGACAUCUGCUGGAGAGGAAGGUAGUCCCUAGCAACAACAACACUGCUGCCAGACUAGCAGCAAGUCUAGCUGGACCAGGGGAUAGGCUGGCUGAGGUGGCCGAGUCAUGGUCUAAGGGAGAGAACUCAUGGCAGUCUCCACAUCUCAUCAAUGACAGUGGAACAGCACUCAGCAUGGCAGACGUCUUUCACCGGAGAGUGACAUACAAGGGAGAUAAUCCUGUUGUCAUGUGUCUUGAUGGUCACCACUACCUAAUUCCACCUCGGUCGUCAUUCGUCAUGUCUGACUUCAACCAGCUGCUGCAGAACUCAAACACUCUACAAGGUGGGUAUGACUUGAUCGUUGUCGACCCUCCGUGGCAGAACAAGUCCGUGAAGAGGAAGAGGAGCUACUACAGUCUGGAAGAGGAAUCCCUGCUUCGGCUGCCAGUAGCUGACUUGGCCUCACCCUCCUGUCUCAUUGUCACGUGGGUCACAAACAAGCCACGCCUUACUUCAUUUGUACAAGACCAACUGCUGCCACAUUGGGGCGUCCAGCAGGUCAUGCAGUGGCACUGGGUGAAGGUGACAGUGGAUGGGACCAUGGUCUGUGAUAUUGCCUCCCCAACAAAGAAACCGUACGAAACUCUGCUCCUCGGUCGAUUGGUGAGGAAGGGAGGGGAGACAACUCAGGAGAAACAGGGUCCACCAGUAACUUCAGGACACAGCUCAAGUUUUGUGGAGUCUCUCUCUGUGAAGGGUGUUAGCUCAACUCAUCAUGAUCAACACACAUCCGUCCCAGUCACGUUAAGGGCAGACAACUCAAAUACGUCAGACCAGGACCUGUUGGCUACAUCAAGAGCAAAUGACUCUGAUGUGAUUGACCAGUACGUUGCCAAAGUCAAGGAAUAUGACAGCUCAAGUCUUCUGCAGUCAUCAAAGGGUAACAACUCUCAUGUUACCCAUGGUUACUUAUCAGAGGGUAACGUUUCAGAUCUGCCAGACAAUCGUGUGAUCCUCAGUGUGCCUUGCAGUCUUCACUCCAAGAAACCCCCACUUCAAGAUGUCCUGGCGCAGUACCUACCGCCAACACCAGCAUGUCUGGAGCUGUUUGCCCGGAACUUGUGGCCAGAUUGGGUCAGCUGGGGACAUGAAGUACUGAAGCAUCAGCACUUGGACUACUUUGAGGAGAAGACCUAGACCGUGUCUUAAAGGGGUAUUCCACACAGACAACAUGGCUGGUCCCAGUGACUGGCAGCUCAGGAGCCCAUGUCCUAAAGGGACGUUCCACAGACAACAUGGCUGGCACCAGUGACUGGCAGGUUAGGACCCAUGUCUUAAAGGGACAUUCCACACAGACAACAUGGCUGGUCCCAGUGACUGGCAGCUCAGGAGCCCAUGUAUUAACGGGACAUUCCACACGGACACCAUGGCUGGUCCCAGUGACUGACAGCCAAGGAUUCAUGUCUCAAAGGGACAUUCCACACAGACAACAUGGCUGGUCCCAGUGACUGACAGCCAAGGAUCCAUGUCUUAAAGGGGCGUUCCACACACACAACAUGGCUGGUCCAAGUGACUAAGAGCUUUGGAGCCCAUGUGUUAAAGUCUGGUUUAGUGAAUGUGAUCAACUGGAGCUCCAACAGGUUGUGAACUAGCUGGCAAGGUGACAGCUGGUUGGCAAGGUGACAGGUGGUUGGCAAGGUGAUAGAUAGUUGGCAAGGUGAUAGAUAGUUGGCAAGGUGACAGGUGGUUGGCAAGGUGAUAGAUGGUUGGCAAGGUGAUAGAUGGUUGGCAAGGUGACAGGUGGUUGGCAAGGUGACAGGUGGUUUUCUAGAUGACCAGCAGUCCACACACCUUCCUAUGACGAUGGGCAGCAAUGGAUGCAGGAUUGUGUUACUAAACUGAGAGGACAUGACUGAGGUUGUGAUGGCUGCAUGGUGACAUUAUCACACAUUAUCACACAGACACAGCAUGACAGUAGUUCCAAGUAGUGCACCACACCAGUCCCAUGAUGACAUAUAUAGUGAUGAGUGUGUGAUAAUACAAAUGGCCUGUUUACAAACCACUCAUCCCACAUCCCUGAGGGACAUCAAUAUGGCUGGGAUGAAUCUGUUCGUCCACCCAGUCGUCUGUGCUGUGUGUAGGGAGACCCAGUCGGGAAUAUGUUCCAACUACAAGAAGAUAUUUUAAGUGCCGUUGUACAAAACAACCUUAGCACUACGAUUGUCGUAAGUCUAUGUUAAGGUAUGGGUGUUACAAUUACCUUAGCGCUAAGAUCUGUCUGUACAACAGUACCCUGGACUGAUCCUCUGUGCCACUGACUACUGUUACAGACACUGCCAAGUAGCAAUAUGUCUGACAUUCACUGGAGUUGUUCCUCGCAGACUUUCAGCAAUAUCGACAGGAACACAGUGAGGUGAGGUGAGGUGAGGUGAGGUGAGGUGAGGUGAA